AUGGAGUCGUAUGGUUAUAACCAUACUCCUGACACCGAUAAGGAAAGUAAGGUGUUUGCUUUACCUGAGAGCUGUAAGAAUGUGAAUGACAAUAACAUAUUGCAAACAUCAAAUAGCUUGUCAGAGAAUGUGAAUGACAAUAACGUAUUGCAAACAUCAAAUAGCCGGUCAGAGAAAGAGUCCCAUUCAGACUUCUCAGAGCUAGGAGGGCAGCAAUAUCAGGCGGCAUUGAAGUUGCAAAAGGUGUACAGAAGUUUCCGAACUAGGAGGCAGCUAGCAGAUUGUGCAGUUGUUGCUGAGCAACAAUGGUGGAAGCUAUUAGAUUUUGUGGAACUCAAACGAAGCUCUAUAUCUUUCUUUGAGAUAGAAAAACCAGAAUCUGCCGUUUCACGGUGGUUUAGGGCGAGAAAAAGAGCUGCUAAGGUUGGAAAAGGCAUAUCUAAGGAUGAAAAGGCUCGAAAGCUUGCUUUGCAACACUGGCUUGAGGCGAUUGAUCCUAGGCAUCGUUAUGGCCAUAAUCUUCAAUUUUAUUAUGCCAAAUGGCUUCACUGUGAAAGUAAACAACCCUUCUUUUAUUGGCUUGACAUAGGAGAAGGUAAAGAAGUCCUUAUUGAAAAUUGCCCUCGGUCAAAGCUUCAACAUCAAUGCAUCAAGUAUCUUGGUCCAACUGAAAGGGAGAAUUUUGAAGUAGUGAUAAGGAGUGAAAAGUUGGUGUACAAGAUGAGUGAGAUACUUCUUGAUACCACAGGAGGACCCGAAGAUGUGAAGUGGAUUUUUGUUCUCAGUGUUUCUAAGAAAUUGUAUGUUGGACUGAAAAAAAAGGGCACUUUUCAGCAUUCAAGUUUUCUGGCCGGUGGAGCAACAUUGUCUGCUGGAAGAUUGGUUGUGGAAAACGGUGUCGUGAAGGCGAUUUGGCCCCAUAGUGGACACUACCUCCCAACAGAAGAGAAUUUUCAGGAGUUCAUAUCAUUUCUUCGGGAGCACAAUGUUGACCUCACAAAUGUGAAGAAAAGCCCUUAUGAAGAGGAAGAAACAAAUAGCAAAAAGAAUAAUAGCCUUCGAAGUAAUGAGGCAACAGUAGGAGGGUCACAACAACAAACUGAGGCAACAAAUAAUGAAAGUUCAGGUCAAGAGAACAGUGGUACAAGAAAGGAAGACCCUACAGACACCGCCCGAAAUGUUGCUAACAAAUUAACGUCGAGCUUGUCUCGAGUAUUUUUGUCAAAACUAAGUAAACUUCGCAUACAGAAAAUACAUGAUGUGAUUGGCAUGAUCAAGACAAAAACGUCAUCACCAAGUCGCCGCCUUGAGCAUCAAGCAUUAUCACCAAGUACAGAAGAUGGGUAUGAAACAGCAGAAGAGAUUUUACCUGAGGAAGAGUUUCUAUGCACUAAGAUCAAUUUGUUUGGAGAAGAGGAUGAUGAGGAAGAUCGCAAACCUAUACCAAAGGAAAAAAUAAUGAAAAGGAUAGACUCUCACAAAGGCUUGAAAUCAUAUCAACUAGCUCAACAAUUAUCCUCCAAGUGGUCCACAGGGGCUGGGCCACGAAUUAGCUGCAUGAGGGAUUAUCCUUCUGAGCUUCAAUUCCGGGUUUUAGAGCAAGCAUACUUGACUCCGAGAUCAAGAAAUGUGAAUGCCUCUCCUCGGACAACCUCACGUUUUAGCCCAUCAGUUUUGACUCCAACUUCAUUAUGUAAAUAAAACAUGUUCAUCUAAAAGUCCGCUUGGACCUAGAACAAAUGAUAGUAACAAAAGCAGCAACAGCCUAGGCAAUUUUCAAAUGAAACUCGGGCUCACAUGUCAUCGUUAGAGAUACAUGAUUCUUUUCUUUUGUUUUCAUACAUUCAUUUUUCUCAUUCACAUCACACCACCCAACCUUCCCUUC